AUGCUUGUUUCCAGGCACAGCGAAAGCGAGCAGAGUCUUUGGUCCAUCAACAAGUUUGAGGCCACUUACCAGCACAAGUCCACAUCCAGUCCACGCAUGUCGAACAGCUUUGAGACCCCGUUGUCGACACAGCCCGAUUGGCAUGGGCAAUACUCGUUCCUCCCACCUGGAGAGAACAUAUUCCCCCAGUCCUACGAUCAUGUAACCUCGUCCGGUGACAACAAUCAGGCGCAGCCGCGAUCGGCGGCUGUCGAUGGUGGAUUGGAUAUCGAGGUCAAGAACGAGGGUCUCAGUCAUCGGCGCAGCCUCGAUCCGCUUGGACUGCGCCAGCAGAAGCCACCGACGCCGAUUCAGGACCAGUCUCAGUCCCACGGCGAGGCCUUCGCUCAGAAGGCUGCCGAAUCUGUCCACGAGGAGUCUCUGCUGUCUUCGGACACCCCUGGGUUGUCCCUCACCUCAAACCCACUCAGUUCCGUCUCCUCGGCGGGCCAAGGUCCAGACAUGUCCUCAAAUCAUGGAGGUGGUGAUAUCCUGGGAAAGGAGGAAGACGAGGACGUGAUCGAUGACGAGGAUAUGGUCGAAGGAGAGGGCGAUGUCACUGCCCAACCCCAGACUGCCGCAGAGCGCACCGCUCAGCGAAGAAAGAUGAAGCGGUUCAGACUCACGCACCAACAAACCCGUUUUCUCAUGAGCGAAUUCGCCAAGCAACCGCAUCCGGACGCGGCACAUAGAGAGCGCCUGUCUCGCGAAAUUCCCGGGUUGAGCCCACGGCAAGUCCAGGUCUGGUUCCAAAAUCGCCGGGCCAAGAUCAAGCGUUUGACAGCGGACGACCGGGAUCGCAUGAUCAAAAUGCGAGCUGUGCCGGACGAUUUCGACAAUGUGCAAGCGCUACAUUCUCCGUACGGUGCCGUGCACGGACUCGGGACGCCAUUGACUUCACCCAUAGAUUUUGGAGCUUCAUCCUACACAGACCACAUGAUGAGACCGCUGAUGGUGGAUGUCAGGCGGUCCGACGGUGACGAGCAUCUGUCGCCGACUGGUCUAAGUCCAGCCUUUGGGAGCAUAGGAUUCAAUCCGUCUGCGACGAUGAGCAAUCCCGACAUUCUUUCUCCGCUUUCCCCCACUUCCAAUGAUCGGUACGGAUACUCGAAUCACUUAUCGAACCCUCUCGGAGGAUCGCGAACCUCGAAUCCUUUUGCUCGGCAAAAUAGCCUCGAUACAGGGAUUUCGAUGCACAAUCCUCAUCGUGGCCAACAGAUACGCCCUUUACAGCCGCUUCAACUGAGGGAAACAAUGUCCAGAUCAAGAUCUGACAACCUUCAGUCACCCCUGAGGUCCAGCAUGUCUUGGAAGGGGGAUUCUAUUGACUACACUACCUACCAGGCAGGGGGUGGGAGUCCUCAGCUUGGCGGUCGGCAACACUCGCUGUAUUCAGCUGAAGGUCUUGGCCAUACGCCAACCAGUAUUGGUGGCUACGAGUCAAGCACCUAUUCUGUCCACUGGGCUACAACAAAGCCCUCAAGGACGCUCGAGACUACGCGCCGCAUCGGCCACUCUUCCUCUCGGCCUCGAUAUCCGAACCCAGUUUCGCUCAGUGGGGGCAGGGCACGGGAUGCCAUCUUCGGCUCACUCGCCUACGAGCAGGCCAACGUCAACGUCUCAGCUCGGAGUGACAUCAAGCUACACGGCCAGCUUCCCGUCUGCUCCUCUGACGGCGCCGCACGAUUUCUCGCUGCCCCGGACCCCGGGCUUCAGGUCUUCUGGGCAGGACUAUACCAUGCCCCAGAUGAGCGCGCCCAUCGCGCCGCCGAACGACUUCUCCCAGGCCUUCCAGGCGAGCAUGUCCGGGUCCUCGAGCACCGCCAGGACGCCGAUGCGCGACACGUUUGGGGGCGGCGGUAG